AUGGCCGCCAAUGUGGGAUCGAUGUUUCAAUAUUGGAAGCGAUUUGAUCUACGGCGACUCCAGAAGGAGCUUAAUUCCGUCGCUUCCGAGCUGUCUGCGCGGCAGGAGGAGAGUGAACAUUCUCAUAAACAUUUAAUUGAACUCCGCCGGGAAUUUAAGAAAAAUGUACCUGAGGAAAUCAGAGAGAUGGUGGCUCCUGUAUUAAAAAGCUUCCAAGCUGAGGUGGUGGCUCUUAGUAAGAGAAGUCAGGAGGCCGAAGCCGCUUUCCUGAGCGUUUACAAGCAGUUAAUUGAAGCACCAGACCCCGUGCCUGUGUUUGAGGCUUCACGCAGCCCAGACGACAGACUGCAGUCCCCCAGCUUCGACCCCAGCGGGCAGACGCGGCGAGAGCUCCACAGUUCGUGGAAGAGACACCCUGAGCUCCUCGGCCCCAAAGAACAGAGAGAGGGGACGUCGCCGGCUGGGCCCACGCUGACUGAGGGGAGCCGCCUCCCAGGCAUUCCCAGCAAAGCCCUCCUGACAGAAACUUUGCUGCAGAGAAAUGAGGCAGAGAAACAAAAGGGCCUUCAGGAAGUACAGGCCUUCACUUUGGCAGCCAGACUGGGGGAAGCCGAGGAGAAGAUCAAGGUCCUACAUUCAGCGUUAAAGGCUACGCAGACAGAGCUGCUGGAGCUGCGGCGGAAAUACGAUGAGGAGGCGGCAUCCAAGGCAGAUGAAGUCGGCCUGAUCAUGACCAACCUGGAGAAAGCUAAUCAGCGAGCCGAGGCCGCCCAGCGGGAGGUGGAAAGUCUUCGGGAACAACUUGCCUCCGUCAACAGCUCCAUCCGCCUGGCCUGCUGCUCUCCUCAGGGACCCAGUGGGGAUAAGGUGAACUUCGCUCUGUGCUCGGGCCCUCGGCUUGAGGCUGCCCUGGCCUCCAAGGAUCGGGAAAUCCUGCGGCUGCUGAAGGACGUGCAGCACCUCCAGAACUCUCUGCAGGAGCUGGAGGAGACCUCCGCCAACCAGAUUGCAGACCUGGAGCGGCAGCUCACGGCCAAGUCCGAGGCCAUCGAAAAGUUAGAAGAGAAGCUCCAGGCACAGUCUGACUAUGAAGAAAUCAAAACAGAGCUGAGCAUCCUCAAAGCCAUGAAGCUGGCCUCCAACACCUGCAGCCUCCCCCAGGGCAUGGCGAAGCCCGAAGACUCCCUGCUCAUGGCAAAGGAGGCAUUCUUCCCUGCACAGAAAUUCCUCCUGGAAAAGCCUGGUCUUUUGGCCAGCCCUGAGGAAGACCCUUCAGAGGAUGACGCCGUCAAGGAUUCUCUGGGCACGGAGCAGUCCUACGCAUCCCCGCCACAGCUCCCACCGCCCCCAGGGCCCGAAGACCCCCUGUCCCCCAGCCCAGGGCAGCCCUUGCUGGGCCCUGGCCUCGGCCCUGAUGGCCCUCGGACUUUCUCGCUGUCCCCCUUCCCCAGCCUGGCUUCAGGGGAGAGACUGGCAGGGGACACGCUGCUGUCCAAGCACAUGAUGCCCCCGGCCGCCUUCAAGGGGGAGGCGGGAGGCCUGCUGGUGUUCCCCCCGGCCUUCUAUGGCGCCAAGCCGCCCACGGCCCCUGCCACCCCAGCCCCUGGCCCUGAGCCGCCCGGGGGCCCUGAGCCAGCAGAGGGCGGCGGCGCGGCCACCGCGGGGGCGGGGACAGAGGAGGAGCAGCUGGACACGGCGGAGAUCGCAUUCCAGGUGAAGGAGCAGCUGCUCAAACACAACAUCGGGCAGCGGGUGUUCGGCCACUACGUGUUGGGCCUGUCCCAGGGCUCGUGUGGAGGCACCCGGUUGCCCCUGGAGCUAGCCGGUUCCUCUUUACAUAACGGCGCGGGGCGGCAUGGGCUCGGGCCACCGCCUCCGGCCGGCCGCCCGCCCGGACUGUCGCGGUCCGCGGUGGAGACGGCGGCCUCAGCAAAGUUUCCCCGGUGGCGGCCCGGAGGCGCAUCCUCCCGCAACUGUCAAGCGCUGGCGGCGGAAAUGAUGAGGCGCUGGCCAUUUUCCGAGCCCGGGUUUCCUGCCUGA